AUGGUAAGCUCAUCUGUCUUCGUUUUCUAUUUUUUUCAUGCGGUUCCGGAUAUUUUGAUGAACUUUGAUGAAAGGAGUGCGCAUUCUCAGAGAUAAGCUCUUGCAACGGAAACGAUAACAUUUCGGAUGAUCGCACUUGUGUAUGCUUUGCCAAAUUUUUCUGACAUUCUUUGGUAAUAAGGCUGUUCAGAUGUGAAUUGCGUAAACAAACUUUUUCUUGGGGUUUUGGCCAUAAACAAUCUUUGCGACUGCCAUAGCCUUGUGCGACACACGCAAAAGAAACUGAAGAAGAUGAAUGGUCGCAUCAGAUAACGUUAUUAACCAACAGGACGUUGCCACGUUUCUCCGCAUUUUCUAAUUGACGAUAUCGGGGUUGCAAGCGAAGUGUAACUAUGAUCAUUUGUUUGUUGGAGGAGAAAUGUUUCAUCAACACGGCAUCUUAUCAUUCAUGUGACUUGACCAUCCCAACAUUACACUAUGAACCUCUCUUUUCAGGACCUAUCAAUCUUAUCUCUAUCAGUUUCUUAUUACACUUUAUGGAUAAGAAACGACGUCGUCAUUCGUUUAGUUAGUUGGUUCACUUGCCCACCCUCUUUCGUUGUUCAGUUCUCUCGUCUUAGUGUGCGGUCCAAAAUACUGGGAGAGGUGAGAGAGCAGUGGCCUUAAAAACUGCAAUAUUGCGUGUCGGGGAGAGAGCGAAGAGAAAACAUGGAGCCUGCGGGCCGCCAUUGCCCCUCCUUCUCUUUUCGUCGCCAGCACCCACCCCUCACCUCCUUCCUCGCCAUCACUCAUUUUUAUGUUUAACGAGGUGUUGGCAGUUUCUUUUUGUGGUGCCUAUGCUCGAUGUAGUCUUUGUCCUUUGUGAAUUUCAGAAUCCUAAAUAUGUACCAUUGUAGUGCUUUUCAUUCCUAUGAUUCUCAUCAGUCACUCUCAUCAUUCACAAUGACCGUUGUGGACCUGCCCUUAUCUAAGUGCCUCGUGCCUUUUAGAUAUAAAUAUAAAUGCACUUUUUCCAACCACUCAUUUUUUCUCUUUUCUCUAUAUCUACUCGAUGGACGUGGGUCCAGUUGCUCAUUCAGUUUUCUUGGGAGCUAACUAGGUGGGCCUUCCCUCUUGACAUGCGCGUGUGUGGCGCCGGCGACGAAAAAAUGACGAAGGGGAAGAAGACGGGCGGGCUGCUCGGCUCUCCGCAAGAGAUAUCGCUAGUGAAAACGGAGACGCUGUGGAAGGAGGAGAAGCACAACUGGCAGUGUGAUAUGCAACGUCUCCUCCUCCUCCUACCAACUUCGCGUUGAUCUCCUGAACCUGUACUCCAUCAGACACCGCCUCCUCAAAUCUUAACUACCCAUUCUUCAACGCCAUAUGUAUUAGGGGUGUCUCGUACUUUCUUAUCCUUCAUUAUCCUUCAUGUCUUAUCCUUCAUGUCACUCCUCGCAUUAAUGACUACUUCACGAGUAACUUUCCUAUUCGGAACACCACCCUUGAGACAUUUUUUUCCGGUUCUUUCUCUCAUGAUUCCUCUCACAUUUCCUCUAACUUUUUGUUUCCUCCUUGCAUCCCGCCUUCAUUUUUAUUUUCUCAGUCUGUAUCUUCUCGUUCUACCACCAUCACUUCGUUCAAGGACGCGACUGCUCACGACAAUCUGAAAAUGGACAAGGUUAGUUCAAAAUCACUCACAGAAAUGUUGGUAGGAACAUGAUUUUUGUUGUUCCGUAAUUAUGGACUGAUUUAGAACAAAAACCCUCCUCCGCCAGGGAAGAAGCAAAAAGAAAAACGUCUUACGAAGAAGCAGAAAAAAGCAUUGCGUCUUAUUAACGAAGAAACGGAAGAAGCUCGGGCCCUUCGCGAAAGAAACGAACUGUUCGCGGAAGCUCUGCUCUGCCCGCUUCCGGAUGGUUUUUUAGCAUCAUUCGCUAUUGUAUCCUAGGUAAAUGUUUUCAGAUCCACCCGAGUAUGUCAGAGAUCCCAAUGAUGACAUUCCCGGACCAUCCUCGAAGCCGCCGGAGGUACACAUAACACAUAUGCUUCAGAAAAUUUUUGAUUUAGUACCAGCCGCUUUCUUUCGGGGGUCUCGGAAGUGUCAAUACGAAUGCAACUGCCGAUUUUGGGAAUAUGCUGACCAGAAAAGAUUCCGAAGAGGAGGAUGUCGAUUCGGGUGAGUUCGAAAUGAGAAAAAAAACUGGGGGAAAUGUCUUGGAGUUUUGCUUUGCAGAAUUAAUACAAUUUUUGUGAUAUUCUCUUGGAAAUCUGGUAUUGAAUCAUUAUUAUUGCAGACGGGCCUCCCGACGAAGAAGCAGAGGCAGUAGAGAUGGCGUUGUUCAUCAACUCACUUUCGCGAAUCCGUUUGGAACAGGGAGACGUCGACCCUGUUCAACAACAGAAAGCAGCAGACUCCUUCAGACUUAACUACCUGGAAAGCCAGAGAUGUCUAUCGAUUCCGCUAGUUACGAUCCGUAUUCUUGCUUACGACGAGAAACUACCGGAACCUGACUCAUCUCCCUAUAUGACAAUGGAAGAGUACUCACUCGAGAACGGCUACGAUGAUAAGCUUAUUAAUGACUUGGUUAGCCGGCUAAAGGAGAGUUUGAAAACACGCCGACCAUUGGAUGAGGAUCCGAGUCCGGACUCGCACCCACAGCUCAAGAUAUGUCUUCCUAGCUUUAUAAGAUGUCUCCAAAUGCUCGAUCAUAUUCCGGAAUGGUACGCAAACGCAAAACCGUCUUUGCCACAUCAGAGAAACGAAUUAGUUCGGAUGGGACGUUGCCUCGUCGUUUUGAGAAGAUUCGCACCAGGCACACCGCCCAGGAUGUUCUUUUACGACAAACGAGACAUACGUUACGACCCUCCGAUAAUGGAGGACUUUGCCAAUCGAUUCUACGAUGAAGUGGUUACCAAAACCAAGCACCAAUACCAGGAUCAGUAUCCUCCCACUUUCAACUAUGCCAUGGUUGCUUACAAUGAAGAUCCGUUCUGGACAGAACGAGAACAUCAUGCCUCGGGCGCAGGUUUACCGAGGGUUCUACCAAAGGACUUUUUUAGAAGACCACUGUUCGAAGAUGUUGAAGUGCCAGAGGAGGACUUCAACUAUGUACCUCCGCCCGGUACCCCACCGAUUGACAUUCCGCCCGAAGCUCUCGUUUUGUAUGAGGAGAGAAAGCAGGAGCAUUUUAGAAGACUGAGAGAGAAAGAAGAAGAGGAUCGGAAAAAAGAAGAACAGGAUCAGGAGAAAGUAGUACAUGAUCAGCAACCGCCGUCAUGAAACAGUGUGUUUCUAUCAAAUUUGUCCAAAUUCGCCAAUAACUACGAACGUUUCUUCACCUUCAGCUGGUCCACAGUUUCAAAACAUGUAUGUUUCAAUGUGAUAUUCUUCCAAUUCACCAUUUUUCAUUUUCAGCUUCCUCUACUCCGUCAAAACUUCGAUUCGGAAUUUUCAAAACCCUUUAACGUUUCUUCACCUUCAGCUGGUCCACAGUUUCAAAACAUGUAUGUUUCAAUGUGAUAUUCUUUCAAUUCACCAUUUUUCAUUUUCAGCUUCCUCUACUCCGUCAAAACUUCGAUUCGGAAUUUUCAAAACCCUUUACAUCUUUUGA